AGACCACUUACAGUUUUCUCUUACCCAGGACGCAACAUGCAAUGAAAAGUACCCAAAAGAGUAAUUGAGUGCAAAUGCAAGAAUAGCGACAGAAUUAAGCAGUCAUCAACACUAGUGCAUACUUCAUGCAGUAAUUUUUGGACACACGUGUGAAGACAAAAAGGAACUGGUUUUAUCCUACUGACUUUUUUGACACACAGAGUUGAGUAUCGAAUAAAUUAAGCAACAACAUUGCGUGUAACAAGCACCGUUCAACACCGUGCCUCAGUCACAAUCAGGACUCCAAAGUCCUCUCAGAUAUGACAGUCAUAAUAAAGGGGGAGUCACAUCGAGAGCCAGAGACACAGUCAAGACAAAAGCCACUAUUAACACUGCCCGUGAUUGGCCGAACCACUGGACUACUACCUUUCAUUAUCACGCACAGUAACUCUGUUUAUGUUUUUACGGUGUUAGGGCGAAAGGCUGGAGUUGAUGGCAGCUCAGGUUCAUGCUGAGCUAUGCGCGCCCCCGCGAGCAGCAGGGCGGAACGUUUCUCCGGUCUCUUUUUUCAGCCCCGAUUAUAGAGGGAACCAAAGGGGGUAGGACCGAGGACUGCAGUUUUCGCUAAUCCGACAGCAUUUUGCCAAGUAACUCGGCUGUCUCCAGCUGUGUGAGAAGAGCGGACAGUUUACACACUGGUAAAAAAAAAAUACGCAUUCAGAUUCUCGGUGGUUCAAUAUCGGCAGUGACUGUCAAGCAUUUCUUUAUGCCUCGAUCUCUUUAGACAAAUCUCUCAAAUAUUACACUGUACUCUGACAUGUUGAUACUUUUUUACGUUAACAUGCUUCAUCAUCACUGCUUCCUAAACAAGACUAAAAUGUUCAUUAAAAAGAAAAGAUAUCUUUGCACAAUGAACAGUUAUACAGGUCAAGUAACUUGUCUUGUUCUUACAGAAGCCUAUGUUUUUUUUAUAUUUAACUACAUUAAUCAGAUAAAACAACUGACUAUUUGACCUCAGAUUACCUUGCAGUCCCUGUCUAUCUUCAGUCUCUGGUUGUUGUGGACCCCCACAGACGUGCAGAACAGAACAAUGUUGUCGUCAGACACGUGAUGCAUUUAAUGUCAUGGCUGACCAGGAUAAAAUAAGGGGAAAAAAACUACUGGCUGUCUUUACACAAAGUAGCCUACAGCUGCAGCAAAGACUAAAGGUUUUGCAUCACCUUAUGACUCAAAUGAAACCACACACAAUAUGUUAUUAUAUUAUCAUUUUACUUUAUACAUAAUUUCAAACAAUCAAGUUAAACAUUGUCCAUGCUGGAAGGAAAUUGAUCUGUUUCGCUGGAGGAAACUUUUAUCAUUUUGUUAUCCUUAAAGCUUUCUUCUUAAAUAACACUUUUUUAGACUUUACAUUUUUAAGAAUAAAGACCAGCUAGUUUAAAGCUAAAAUUAACCUCAAAUAUGGUGUAAGAUGUUGGCAUUAGCACAUUAAUAUGCUCAAAAUACAGAGGAAAUGUUAGCAUUUGAGGCUGACCUAGCUUAGCAUAUGUAGAUAUUAUUGUUAUAAUAAUAAUAAUAAUAAUGAUAAUGACAAUAGCAAUAAUAAUAAAGCUAAUAAUAAUAAUAAAGCUCUAGUUUGAAGCUAAAAUUAACCUGAAAUGGGGUGUAAGAUGUUAGCAUUAGCGCAUUAGCAUGUUCAAAAUACAGAGGUAAUGUUAGCAUAUCAGGAUUACCUACCUUAGCAUAUGUAGAUACUAAUGUUACAAUAAUAAUAAUAAUAACAAUAAUAAUAAUAAUAAUAACAAUAAUAAUAAAGCUAAAAAUAAUAAAGCUCUAGUUUAAAGCUAAAAUUAACAUCAAAUGAGGUGUAAGAUGGUAGCAUUAGCACAUUAGCAUGUUCAAAAUAUAGAGGUAAUGUUAGCAUAUGAGGAGUAACUAGCUUAGCAUAUGUAGAUACUAAUGUUAUAAUAAUGAUAAUAACAAUGCUACGACUACUACUCAUAAUAAUAAUAACAAUAAUAAUAAUAGUAGUAAUAAUAAUAAUAAUAAUAAUGCAUGGAGUUCAGAUAGCCUGGCAGUCUGGCAGCGCUCCACACGCAGCUGGCACAGGUUCAAUUCCUGUAAGCCAUUCCCUGCCCUUUUCCCUGUUUCCAACUUUAUCCACUGUCCUCUAUCUGUCUUCAACAGCCAUAGGAGCCCCAAAAUAAAUGUUAGAUAAUAAAUGAUAAAUACAAAAUAACAAUGCAUAAAGGCACACAGUAUCCUGAACAUAAAAUAGUGCAUGGACUAACAGUUGCAAACAAAAUACCCACUGAAUACUGUAGAGUUUAAUAGUCUUUCACGUGUGUUCCCCGCAUUUUUUCUCUGCAUCUUACUUCAGUUCCUUUUACAGCUUGAUUUAAAGAUAUCUAACAAACAUGUGUGUACUUAAAAUGAUAUUGAUUUAUUAUAGUAGUCUGAUUGAUACUGGACAUUAAAAAAAACAACAACCUGUGAACAUGUUAGUCCACCUGAAAUCGCACUAAAAUCAAACAUCUCAUAGUUAGACUAACAUACCUGGAAAAUGCAGUUGGAGAUCAAGUUUCUGCUAGUCUCUCUUGAGGUAUACGACCCAUGCAUACAAAAUCAGAGUAGAGAAAAACCACUGACAUGUAUUGUCUGUUUCUCCAGCGCAUUGAAAUUAUUUGGCAACAAAGACCUUGUGGUGGUGUUAUGAAAGGAAAAGUGGUUAGAAGAUGCAAGCCUUACCCACAUCAGGCAGUCAAAAAAGCUGCACAACCAAAAUUCUUUUCCAAGCUGCCUGUGCAACCCAGAGGCAAAGUUUGCUUAAAUUGUCAUAUAGCCUAUAAUGUGGGACCAAGGACACACAGUCACAGACAGCCAUUUUGUUUUUAUGUUUAAAUUUCUUAAUCCAACAAGUUUUUUUUCCACUUUUGCUAAGUAUAGUGUACCAUGGCCAAGCAAUUUCAUGUAAAGACACCUUUACUGGAAAGUGUCAGCAUGUCCAAACAUUUGGGAGCCACAGUCUACCUCAAAAGACUGUUUCAAUGCUGCUGUUAGGGCAGGCAAGGUGGUCACCCUGGAUGACAUCACCAGGUUGGUUGAAAACAGAGUGUCGAUUUGUUUAAUGGCAAUAAAUACACCUCGGGCUCUAUUUUGGUGCCUCGCCGGAGACGUGCCGCAAGCGCAGCGUCAAUCAGAUCCGCCGCGCUGACAAGGCGUUCCCAAGCACAUUUUGGUAUUUUGGUGAGCCGCGCAGCCCGGCGUAAGUAUCCCCCCUCCCUAACUCAGCUCCUCCCAGCAGCAUAAGUCGUAGACGGGGAGGAGAGAGGGCGUAUAGUGGGUUUAACACAGCCGAGACCUGUUUUCACCAAUCACAUAAGCUCCUCUCCUUGCCUUUAAAUCCGCCACCGGCGAGGCGUAUUACUAUUUUCAUGAAGUAGUCAAAGAGAUCAAGAGAUGUCUGAAGACAGUUAUGCCACACGAUGGCGACAGAGGGCAGCUGCUCAACAAGUGUCCUCCACACUCUCUCAUCUGAGCACAGAUGGAUUUGGUGUGUGUAAUGUUGGGCCCACUGGUAAGACAAACACCCUUUUCCACAAAUAAAGACACUCACAUAAAGUUGCAUAUAUUCAAACCUCACGUGACAAAGGUGGGUUGAGCGCACAGAUCACAACAUAAACUCCAAAAAUGGCAUUAAAAUCGGAACCAUCUGUGCGUAAAUGACGCAUCGCGCUCCGUGGCCUGGCUCUUUCUUUCAUAGAUGUUGGCAUAUAAAAUAAAUUUGGCCCACAAAACUGAAUAUUAUAAUAUCCGUAUGUCGGCUUAAAGUAGAUAACUCAUCUGAGCACUGAAACAAAUCAUCUGUUCAGCUGCAGCAGCAGCAGCAAGACGGACAGAGGACACGGAGACGUGUCCAGGUCGAGCUGUGCGAGAAAUAAGAGGAAGAAAGAAAAGGAGGGAGACACAUUACAUGUCUUGUUAACUUCAUCAUGUGUGUUUAUUUACUUGAUAUUUAAUUUGAUGCAGUUUCAGCUGUAUUGAUUCGGUCAGGUUGUGUGCCCAAACGCGUGCCAAACGCGCUCAUCAGAUCAGAUAUAGAUCAGAAUAUAUCGAUAUAGAUCUAAAUGUAUGUGCUGACUCAGAUUAAUAGUUGUUGAUGAUUAUUUAUUGCACUGAAAUCUGCCUGACACUGUGGAAACCUGCCGGUGAGGCAUCAGUGACGUAUGUCGAUAUGCCGCCGGUCUACCAAAAUACUACUGGACCAGCUGCGUUCCGCCUUGCGCUGAAAGCUGACCAGGUUUGAAUCGGCGAGCUUUCAGGGCACGUUACACGCCGGUGGCGAGCACGAAAAUGUCACUGCGCCAGCUGAUUCUGUCAACACCUCCCCCUGCCACGCCACCACGCCCAGCUUGGCGGAUCUCGCCUCGCCUCCGUGCGACUCAGUCCACGAAAAUACCAAACUCGCCUUACGCCGGGCUCCGCCAGACGAAAAUACAACUGCGCGGGGCUCGCCGCCCUCCGCUGCCUCACCGGCGCGAACGAAAAUAGAGCCCCUCAUCUUCAUCUUUCUGUUCACAGUGAAGCUAAAUGUCUUGGAGCAAGAACUGUCUGUAAGAAGGCUUUUGAAUACAGCCAGAGCAGUGACUUUACUAUCAUUUCUGAGGUGGUGACUGACCAGCAGGCUCUGCAGGCUAUGGAAACAUUCCUAGGUUAGUGAUUUUACAUGACAAAUUUGGUCUCCUCCAGUAAAAGUGGAUGUAAGUGGUUAUCUAACUGAAUUCUAGUGUGAAUGAUUCUGCAGACGAGGAGCGUGUGUUGGUGGAGAUGGCAUGUGGAGCAGCAUUGGCAGCUGUCUACAGUGGAAUCAUAAAAAGACUACAGGAUGAAGGUAACUGCUCUGGCAACAUCUUCAACUUAGAACAACACCUAGUGUUUUGUGGACACUAAAUUAUGGUCCCUGUCUAGGAAACAACAAUUGUGACUAUUACUUUUCAAUCCAUGCUUGUGUGAUUAGUGGUGGAAAUGGACACAUGGCAGGUCCUGCUAAAACUCUUACUUAUGGGUCAUCAGUAUGCACUAAAGGAAAAUAAGAUCUGAGCUGGAUUGAGCCUUGUGAGGUGUUUCAUUUGAGCUUAUAAAGGCUGCUGUCUUGGGUGCUACAUUGCAAUAAUCCCUUCUUGGCCCCAGUUUCUUUUUUGCCCCGGGCCAGUUCCAUUUCACAUGCCUCCCUAACUUUUAACGCAUCACACACCAACUCUUUACACCCCACUUUUUAAUGCAUACAUCACAGUGAAUUUUUUAUGGCACUACAUGAACAACACACAAGAGGAGAGUCAUGUGUGGCCCGGGAUAUUUAGAGGUGGAGUGGAUGGUCAGUUCGGUUGGCGGGUGGUCGCGGAGCGGGGCCCUCUGGGGUGCCCCACGGGCGUCCCACCACGGCUGAUGUCGGUGCUGGUCGGCCUGCUUUUUGGCAGUGCAGGGGGCCGGGCCAGCCUCUGGUACGGGCUACGGUGUUGUGUAUCACAGUGAUUUUUGUUGUUUUGUAUCCUCAUUAUUACUGUUAUUAUUGUUGUCGUCGUCGUUGUGAUUCGUUUAUUGUCAUUAUUAUUGCUGGUAUUACUAUUGUUAUUAUUGAUGCUGUUGUCAUUGUUGUAUCGUCGCUGUUGUGUUGGUGAUUCCGGGGGAUUCGAGGGGACUCAAAAAAAAAAAAGGAAAUGAAGAAAAAUCCCGGAAAUACCGAGAAUUUUGGCUUCAAAUCCAUAUAGGCUACAGAACCAAGUUGUCCAUAGUAUAUACAGUCUAUGCAUCCAACAAGGACAUGGCAGCCCGCCACAGUCAUCGGAUCAGCAGGAACGCAGCGUUCCUACAAUAUUGUCACGGACGAGGGACACACACUCCUACGCAACCGGCGUCACCUCUUACAGACCACAGAAAGUGAGACAAGCCACAAAGUUGCAACAGAAGGCCAACAGGUGGAGCCUCAGACCGCUGGGACUUAACAGCAGACUGUUGCAAGUUCCCCCACCAUUCCACCUCAAUAUACCACCAGGUCUGGCCGCAUGGUCAAGCCAAGAGCCAUCUUAGACCUGUGAUUGUGAUUUGUGAUUUUACUCUGAUAUUUUGAUUAUUUCCUAGGUGUAAGUCUGGACAGUUUUCUUUGCUUUUCAGUUUUUCAAGUGUAUUAGUCAGCAAAUUAUUCUUUAUUAACUGUUGAUACAGAUAAAGAGUUUGACGUUAAAACAACCCUGAGUGAGUACUCACCCUGUGUCGACGUCCUCUUCUCCCUCUGCUCUGUCCUUAUCUCAAAGUCUAUUUGUGAGCGCUCAUACUUUCACUUUCACUCUGACUGUUGUCAACUAAACCUAACCUACCAGAUCACAGAGUCUCCUCCCCCUGUCAUUUACUGUGGAAGAUUGACAGUUGGGUUUUUUUCAGUCUUUUAGGUCGGUAUUCUUCAUAAUCAUCUUCUUCUCCUGAGUCCAAACUAAAAUAAAUUCACUAAAACACGAACUUGUAUGGUUGAGUCUCAGUUUAUUGUUGCUGCAGCAGCACCACCUCCUGGUAAGACCAACAAACUGACUCAAAACUGAAAAACCCUGAGAGGUGAACCAGAAAAAACAACUGGAAACAGAGAGUAAGGCAGGGAAAAUGAGGCUGACACAGAUGUUGCUGUUAAAAAGAUGAGCACACUUUUUGUUGAAUAAUUUGGAUUCAGGAAAGAUGAUGUGUUUGAGCAAAUUAAACAUAACAAACAGAAAGACAGUGUAGCGAUUUGAAAUGAGCCUCACAAGGCCGCACUAAAAUAAUACUGUAGCGAUUGGAAUUUAUAAUAAAUGUCUGAAGAUUAAUAAUCUCAAAUUAUGACAUUUAUGCACUCGUUGAAAGGGGCACCACCCACCCUUAAUGGUGGGAAAAUAAAGAAAACAAAAGUUUAAUUCAGAAAUCAAACAUCAAGUCAGUUUUAAUUAAUCAGUCUCAUAUCUUAAGUCGAAAUUCUCAUUUCAGGGACUCCACUUCUGGAAGAACACUAACAGACCAGAACUUAGAAAAAUAAUUAUCUGUUUAUUACAGGAUAAAUGAUGGUACAACACACAUGCAAUAAAUGAUAAGAAGAUAAUGAGGAUAAAAUAAUAAUAGGUGAAUAAAUAAAGAUUCUGAGUCAGGCUAGGGGCACUAAAGUUAAUGAUAGUGAGUGAAUAUGCGCUAACAUAUUAACCUACACUAACUUUGGUGUCGAGAUAAACUCGGAUGUGGAUUUGGAGGAAUCUAAGAUCACCAGAAAUAGGUGGAUAUCUGAGUUAUGAACGCAUGAGACAGCACCAGCCCUCUUUAGAGCUCUGGAGGUUUGCAUACUUAAGUGAGACUGGUCCUUGGAGAAGAUGGAGCAGGUUCCGAAGGUCCGGGGCUACUGGCGGUUCGAGCGGUUCAGCUCAGAAGACGACUGAAGUCAGCCGAAGGAUGAGCCAGGAGUUGCAGCACUCGGGCCCGAAGCAAAGCCAGCGCCUGUGGAUCCUGUGGAUGCUCGUUUGGGUACUUCUUUGGUCUCACUCAAAAACUCUGGCACAGAGGAUGACCUGGGCCUGCUGGGUUGCGUUCAGAGGUGACUUUGAAAUCACGCAGAAAACUCAGAAAAACGAGGCUCGAAGAGCAGAGAAAACUUUCAAAAAUGGCUUUGCAAAAUUAAAGAAAAAUCAAUCAAAGGCUUAAUCUUGAAUUGCUAUGCGCACAAAAAGUUGAAGUUUCAAAACUUGAACUAAGACGAUGUUAAAGAAAAAUCAACGUGAAUCAACACGUGGCGUAAAACUUAGAAGACUAAGAAAAAGUUCUAAGAGAAAACAAAGAAACGCACCACAGAAGGGUGUGGACAGAAGAGAAGGGGCAUAAGAGCCGGGGACAAGAGAGUCAGCAGAAGAGCAGAAGCAUAAGAGACAUAAGAGGCAUAAGAGAUAAGAGCGUGAGCAACCCCACUUCACUGGUUUUAUCUUCUCACACUGGGUGUGUCUCCGGCGUAUGGGUGUGAGGAGAAAGAGGAGGAGGGGUUGUGUGGUCUCCAAGCAGAGAUGAACUCGGAUCUCUGAUUAUUUGAUCUAACUUAUUCUUUUGGCUGGUAAAAGAGUCAGAUCUGAUACUCACUCACUAUGAUUAAUAUCAUUGAAUGCUAGGUUUCAUGAUAAAUAAUUUGACACUAAACACAUAUGAAUGAAGUGUAGGAUCACAUCAAACAUUCUCAUUAUGUUUUAAGUAUCACAUUAAACAUGCUAAAUUACUCUGAAAUGAAACAGAUAGUAACACAUGGAAACUGUGAACAACAAAAGAGUAAAUACAUGUGAAUGAACUUCAUCAUGAUUAAUAAUGGAUUCUAAAUACUCACAUUCAGAUUAUUCAAUGACAUUAUAACCACCUAAUGGUUAAAAAUACUAAAUAAACAUCUACAAUAUAAACCAAACAUUUCUAAACUGUUUCUGUUACCUAGAGUUAAGUUAUGAUUCAUAGUCGAUAAAUUUAACUCUUAAAAGUUCAUGAAACAGUCUGAAAGGCUGUUGGUCUAAAGAAACUAAAGAAUAAAGGAUUUAUUCUGUAACUCGGCUUCUGGAGCACAUAGAAAAACGGAAAACAUCUCAUUUUAACACAAAGUUCAUGAUUAGACAGAUUAGUACAUUGCUGAAUGCAUAAGAUGUCAUGAUCAGUCAUUUGUAUUCUUUCACCAAAGGAAUGUAGUCUUUAUCAGUGCAUGGUCGAGCAGGGUUUUACGACCGAGGUCUGGAGGUCAGUGUCCCCCCUUUUCCUAGGGUCCGUAUGUUCACACACUUUAAGACACUAAAUCUCAAAUGGGAGAUCUGGGUUGAGACAUUAAUGUUUAUUUAGAUGGUCAGCAAAUGGAGUCAGUUUGAAAGGUAAUAAAACUCUGUCUCUGUUCUCCGAAUUGACCAAUCGUGAAGAGUCGGAGGUUUAGUCAACCUCCGGUUGGGUCACUUAUUUAACCUGAAAGUGUAAACGAGUCUGGAAAGAUUUAUAUCCUGUUUCCUGGGACCAGAUAAGGAACUUUCCUGUGAGGAAUGUGUGGGUUUCACACCCAGGGUUGUCUUGAUUGCUACAACAGGAACUCAAAGUUACAGUUGAUUUAUGCACCUCAAUAUAUUUAAACUGACCAUCAUAUCUUGUUUUGCAAUAUCAGAUACUGAGUUGAUCCACUGCAGGGUUUCCCCUUCACACAGGCUGAGUUUAUGUACUUGUGUUUGCUCUUCUACUCACUUCCAUCCAACAACACUUAGUGAUGGUGAUGAAGAACAGUGAUCCUCCUCAGCUGUCAUCCUGCUGUGUAUGUUGUCAUACCUCAUUCAUGGGGUCAGCUGCUGUUGAUAGACAAAAAAUCAUUCAUUUGGUUAAACAGCUUUUAAAAUACCAGUCUUUUUCUACUGAUCACUACAACAGCAGAUACCCUUUUUUAAAUGAAGAACAUAGCUAAUUACGGUAACACGCAAAGCGCGUUUAAGAAUUAUGUCCGUAUUUUGCCUUUGAGUCUAUUUGACCAUUUGACAGUUUUUUAAUGCAGUGCAGCAAUUUAAUCAUAUAUUAAAUAAUUAUAGUAAUAAAUGACAAUUUCAGAGGCUAGAGAUUUACAAAGACCUCUGAAGACAAAAUUGUGUCAUGUCUUUCACUUCACUAUAACUAAAGUGUUUUGAUUGCUUAUCUCGUCACAAGUGGAUGAUUUGUUUAUUUGUAAUGAUUGUUUAACACCUGUGACUUAAACCUGUCCUUCUGCAGACUCUUUGUCACCACAUGAUGGUAGUGGUUUACACACACGGCUUCUCACGUUGACAAUUUAUCACCAACUUCUAGACCGCUUAUAUUGUAGUUUUAUUUUACCCAGGACAGAACAUGCCAUGAAAAAAACACAAAACAGUAAUUCAUUGCAAAUGCAACAAUAGCGAGAGAAUGAAGCAGUCAUCAAAACUAGUUCAUACUCCAUGCAGUAAUUUUUGGACACACGUGUGAAGACAAAAGACAAAGAAGACAAAGAGUUGAGUAUAAAAUAAAUAAAGCAACAACAUUGUGUGUAACAAGCACCGUUCAAGACCGUGCCUCAGUCACAAUCAGGACUCUAAAGUCCUCUCAGAUAUCACAGUCAUAAGCGGGAGUCACAUUGAGAGCCAGAGACACAGUCAAGACAAAAGUCACUAUUAACACUGCCCGUGAUUGGCCGAACCACUGGACUAUUACCUUUUAUUAUCACGCACAGUAACUCUGUUUAUGUUUUUACGGUGUUAGGGCCAAAGUCUGCCGUUGAUGGCAGCUCAAGUUCAUGCUGAGCUGUGCGCGCCCCCGCGAGCAGCACUUUAACCCGGCAUCAGGGCGGAACGUUUCUCCGGUCCCUUUUUUCAGCACUGAUUAUAGAGGGAACCAAAGGAAGAAGGACCGAGGACUGCAGUUUUCGCUGAUCCGACAGCAUCUCGCCAAGUAACUCGGCUGUUUCCAGCUGUGUGAGAAAAGCGGACAGUUUAUAUACUGGUAAAAAAAAUUACGCAUUCAGAUUCUCAGUGGUUCAAUAUCGGCAGUGACUGUCAAGCAUUUCGUUAUGCCUCGAUCUCUCAAAUAUUACACUGUACACUGACAUGUUAAUACAAAAAUGACUAUUUAUUUAUUGCUCAUUUCCAUUGUGUUGUGAAAGUCGUCUUCUCGGGACUAUCAUUCCGCUUUUUACAUGCUUCAUCAUCACUGCUUCCUAAACAAGACUAAAGUGUUCAUUAAAAAGAAAAGAUAAGCAUUGAACAGUUAUACAGGCCAAGUAACUUGUCUUGUUCUUACAGAAGCCUAUGUUUUUUAUAUUUAACUACAUUAAUCAGAUAAAACAACUGACUAUUUGACCUCAGAUUACCUUGCAGUUCCUGUCUAUCUGCAGUCUCUGGUUGUUGUGGACCCCCGCAGACGCGCAGACAUAAGUGGGAACAGAACAAUGUUGUGGUCAGACACGUGAUGCAUUUAAUGUCAUGGCUGACCAGGAUAAAAUAUGGGGGAAAAAAUCAACUGGCUGUCUUUACACAAAGUAGCCUACAGCUGCAGCAAAGACUAAAGGUUUUGAAUAACUUUAUACAUAAUUUCAAACAAUCAAGUUUAACAUCGGCCAUGCUGGAAGGAAAUUGAUCUGUUUCGCUGGAGGAAACUUUUAUCAUUUUGUUAUCCUUAAAGCUUUCUUCUUAAAUAACAUUUUUUUAGACUUUACUUUUCUAAGAAUAAAGACCAGCUAGUUUAAAGCUAAAAUUAACCUCAAAUAUGGUGUAAGAAGUUAGCAUUAGCACAUUAGUAUGAUCAAAAUACAGAUAUAAUGUUAACAUUUGAGGCUUACCUAGCUUAGCAUAUGUAGAUAUUAUUGUUAUAAUAAUAAUAAUAAUAAUCGCAAUAAUAAUAAAGCUAAUGAUAAUAAUAAUAAUAUAAAUAAUAAUAAUAAUAAUAAUAAUAAUAAUAAUAAAAAAGCUUUAGUUUAAAGCUAAAAUUAACCUGAAAUGGGGUGUAAGAUGUUAGCAUUAGCGCAUUAGCAUGUUCAAAAUACAGAGGUAAUGUUAGCAUAUCAGGAUUACCUAGUUUAGCAUAUGUAGAUACUAAUGUUAUAAUAAUAAUAUUAAUAAUGAUAAUAAUAAUAAUAAAGCUAAAAAUAAUAAAGUUCUAGUUUAAUGCUAAAAUUAACAUCAAAUGAGGUGUAAGACGGUAGCAUUAACACAUUAGCAUGUUCAAAAUACAGAGGUAAUGUUAGCAUAUGAGGAUUAUCUAGCUUAACAUAUGUAGAUACUAAUGUUAUAAUAAUGACAAUAACAAUACUACUAUUACUACUCAUAAUAAUAAUAAUGAUAAUAAUGCAUGGAGUUCAGAUAGCCUGGCAGUCUGGCAGCGCUCCACACGCAGGUGGCACAGGUUCAAUUUCUGUAAGCCAUUCCCUGCCUUCUUCCCUGUUUCCAACUUUAUCCACUGUCCUCUAUCUGUCUUCAACAGCCAUAGGAGCCCCAAAAUAAAUGUUAGAUAAUAAAUGAUAACUACAAAAUAACAAUGCAUAAAGGCACACAGUAUCCUGAACAUAAAAUAGUGCAUGGACUAACAGUUGCAAACAAAAUACCCACUGAAUACUGUAGAGUUUAAUAGUCUUUCACGUGUGUUCCCCGCAUUUUUUCUCUGCAUCUUACUUCAGUUCCUUUUACAGCUUGAUUUAAAGAUUUCUAACAAACAUGUGUGUACUUAAAAUGAUAUUGAUUUAUUAUAGUAGUCUGAUUGAUACUGGACAUAAAAAAAAAAAAAAACAACAACCUGUUAGUCCACCUGAAAUCACACUAAAAUCAAACAUCUCAUAGUUAGACUAACAUACCUGGAAAAUGCAGUUGGAGAUCAAGUUUCUGCUAGUCUCUCUUGAGGUAUACGACCCAUGCAUACAAAACCAGAGGAGAGAAAAACUACUGACAUUUAUUGUCUGUUUCUCCAGCGUAUUGAAAUUAUAUGGCAACAAAGACCUUGUGGUGGUGUUAUGAAGGGAAAAGUGGGUAGAAGAUGCAAGCCUUUCCCACAUCAGGCAGUCAAAAAAGCUGCACAACCAAAAUUCUUUUCCAAGCUGCCUGUGCAACCCAGAGGCAAAGUUUGCUUAAAUUGUCAUAUAGCCUAUAAUGUGGGACCAAGGACACACAGUCACAGACAGCCAUUUUGUUUUUAUGUUUAAAUUUCUUAAUCCAACAAGUUUUUUUUCCACUUUUGCUAAGUAUAGUGUACCAUGGCCAAGCAAUUUCAUGUAAACACACCUCUACUGGAAAGUGUCAGCAUGUCCAAACAUGUGGGAGCCACAGUCUACCUCAAAAUGGAGAAUUCCCAGCCCUCUGGAUCCUUCAAAAUCCGUGGUAUUGGUCACCUCUGCCAGAAGGUAGGAAGACUGAAAAUUGUUUGGCACAGUGUUGACUGUCAGUUGUAUUAUGAAAUUAACCUUUCCUUUGUCUGCUUUUCUUUUUAGCUAGCCAGUCAGUACAAAGGUGUUGUCUGCUCUUCAGGUGACUCUAUUUUAACAGCAGCUGCUCAGAUCAAUAAAAGAGGCUUUUAUGCAGAGCUCUGUGUAUCAUCUUCAUAGGUGGUAAUGCAGGUAUGGCUGCAGCCUACGUGGCUAGAAAAAUGGGUUUACCAGCAACCAUUGUGGUUCCUACAUCUUCUCCCCAUUUGGUUGUUGAGAGACUCCAGGAUCAGGGGGCUACAGUAAAGGUUUCAGGAAAGGUAAAUAUUUGAAUAAUCCAAGUGGUCUCAGUUUAUUCAAUCACAAUCACUUGUUUUAAGAAAUUGUAGUCAUUUAUUUUAAUGCCUGGAUCAUAAAACGUGUCCGUUAAAUUUGUAUUCCAGGUUUGGGAUGAUGCCAAUGCAGAGGCUCUAAGGCUGGCCAAAACUGAAGAACUGGCCUACAUCUCUCCAUUUGAUCAUCCUCUACUCUGGUAUAAACAUUCAUCACAGCUUAAGGGUCGAGUUUCUGGCAAUGCAAAGUUAAUUAAAUAAUUAAUGUUUUUAACUGAUACACCUAUGUUUCUCACUCACUCCAUGUAAUAUGAAUUCAGGCAGGGUCAUGCAAGUAUGAUCACAGAGGUUGCUGCUUGUCUUGGUCCGAAUGUGAAGCCUGGUGCUGUGGUUGUAUCUGUGGGUGGAGGGGGCCUCCUUUGUGGAGUGAUCCAGGGCCUGGAAAAUGUUGGCUGGACAGAUGUACCAAUCGUUGCCAUGGAGACAGUGGGGGCAGACUGUUUCAAUGCUGCUGUUAGGGCAGGCAAGGUGGUCACCCUGGAUGACAUCACCAGGUUGGUUAAGAACAGAGUGUCGAUUUGUUUAAUGGCAAUAAAUAACACCUCAUCUUCAUCUUUCUGUUCACAGUGAAGCUAAAUGUCUUGGAGCAAGAACUGUCUGUAAGAAGGCUUUUGAAUACAGCCAGAGCAGUGACUUUACUAUCAUUUCUGAGGUGGUGACUGACCAGCAGGCUCUGCAGGCUAUGGAAACAUUCCUAGGUUAGUGAUUUUACAUGACAAAUUUGGUCUCCUCCAGUAAAAGUGGGUGUAAGUGGUUAUCUAACUGAAUUCUAGUGUGAUUGAUUCUGCAGACGAGGAGCGUGUGUUGGUGGAGAUGGCAUGUGGAGCAGCAUUGGCAGCUGUCUAGAGUGGAAUCAUAAAAAGACUACAGGAUGAAGGUAACUGCUCUGGCAACAUCUUCAACUUAGAACAACACCUAGUGUUUUGUGGACACUAAAUUAUGGUCCCUGUCUAGGAAACAACAAUUGUGACUAUUACUUUUCAAUCCAUGCUUGUGUGAUUAGUGGUGGAAAUGGACACAUGGCAGGUCCUGCUAAAACUCUUACUUAUGGGUCAUCAGUAUGCACUAAAGGAAAAUAAGAUCUGAGCUGGAUUGAGCCUUGUGAGGUGUUUCAUUUGAGCUUAUAAAGGCUGCUGUCUUGGGUGCUACAUUGCAAUAAUCUAUUUUUGGGAUCCAAGAGAGAAAGGAUCAUCUCUUCUUUCUCCCCUGGAUCCACAGGUUUGAAAAAAAAAAUACUCAAUUUAAUCUGACAGAAGGCAUUGUUCCUCCUCCAAUUAUUAGUCCCAGAAUGGCGCUCCCAGGUUUCCUUCCAUUUCCAUCACUAAUUAUAAUUAAUAAUCAGUAAUAACCACUCCUUUUUAGGUCGGCUACCAACUCCUCUGGGCCCCCUGCUGGUGAUUGUGUGUGGCGGCAGCGGUAUCGACAUGAAACAGUUUACCCACCUCAAACUCAAACUUUCUACUUAAACUGCUACAUUUCAGCUAAUAUGUGUUUAUGUGUCUUUAAGGCCUAUUCAGCCAGUGUUGAAUUCCUGGUUGCAAUGAUAUUGAACGCUAUUUAUGAAGAAAUAAAUGUUAUUCUAAUGCUCUACUUUAAUUUUGACAUGGCAUAGAAUAUUCAAUUGUAAUGUAUAUUCUUUGAAAAUCAAAAAUGUAUUUUUUCAGAAAUGAUCAGGUGAUAUCUUGAUUAGCUUUUAUUAUGAUGUGUUUCUAUUUCAAACUGAAUGAAAAAUCUUUGAUAAAUCUUCCUUAAAAAAUAAUUUUAGAAAUGUAAAUACUUGUUUAGUGAUUAAUGCAAACCAUCACUGGAAAUGUCCUGUAUGUACACAAAUAAAACACUUAUUACUACCUUGACUUUAUUGUUAGUAAUAAUAACUUUUUUAAAUAAGAUCAUUUAAGGACUUGCAAAUGCAGGGAUGAGGGGUCUUGUCUCACCAUGGUGAAAUACUCAAUUUUUUGCAUGACCUUUAUUUUUACUUGACUUUUUAUACACUGUAC